AGCUUCUUCAUCCCGAUUGUCGUGGUAAGGAUUUCCUCGCGGGUUUCGGGUAUCUGAUGGAGUGACAAAAGUUAAUGAAAUUAACGGGCUCGCGCCAAUCUACCAAAAACAAAAACACAGUUGAUGUAAACAAGAUGACGGCUCAAGAUAGACAAGCUCACAAGAUCACAGCAGCUCUACCUCGAAGUCUGGAUGAAGCUCUGAUGGCUCUGGAGAAAGAUACCACAUUGAGCAAAGCACUGGGUCAAGUAUUUGUACGCGCAUACACCACGACGAAAAUCACUGAAAUCGAACGAUACAAGGCCUUGACAUCUGAAGAACAAAAGCGAUUUGAAUUGGAACAUUAUUGA